GAGUGGGUGGACCGGCGGAGACAGCUUGUUACACACAGCCAGGCCCAGGCAAGGUGAGGGUGUCCGGGGUGCCGGCUCAGACACAGAGCUGCGGCCGCUGGACAUCAUUCAACCGGAGGGCGGAGGCUGAGAGACGGCAGGAGUACAGAGAUGUCAACGCUGACUUUUCAAAACAAGCUUGUCACGUUUUUGUGUUGCAAGUUCUGUGAUCAUAUUUUGUGUGCCCGAGGUAUGAAGGCAGUCCUGCUGUCCGACUCUGACCUGGAACUCUACUCCACCGAUAUCCCCCCUACCAGGGCUGUGGACUUUAUUGGAAAUUGCUACUCCACAGAAAGCUGCAAGUGUAAAAUAAAGGACAUUGCAUGUUUAAAAUGUGGCAAUGCCGUUGGCUACCAUGUGGUCGUUCCAUGCAAGUCUUGUUUGCUCUCCUGUAACAAUGGCCAUUUCUGGAUGUUUCACAGCCAGGUGAUCUAUGCUGUCAAUAGACUGGAUUCUUCUGGUGUUGAUUUCCUUCUGUGGGGGAACUUACCCGAUACAGAGGAUGAUGAGGAUGAAUAUAAUCUAUCUGAAGAGGAAUUCAUCAGAUAAUGAACUGAGAAGUCAAGACAUUUCAAUUUCGGUGCUUUCCAAAUAUUCUGUAUAAGGUACCUGGACGUUACUUCAAAAUUCCUAAGUGCGUUGAAUCCACUGUAGUGGGGAACUGCAGUUAGUGGACCAGUGUGAGCUUGUUUGAUACUCUCUUCACCAGGAAUAUAUGUGCUUGUGCAUAGACUGAUGAGGAACAAGAGUGCACCAAGCCUAUUUGCUAAGUUGUGGAAAUUUUGCAAAUCUGUUGGGAGAAAGCAAACAUAGAACUUUGCUUUUGAUAGAAGGUUAGCUUUGGUUGGACUUGCCACUGGACACGACCAUGAAUGACAAGUGAAGAACCUUGUGAUUGCUGGAAUCGGGAAAAUACCCUGUCGCUUCUCCAUAAUGUUUCAAUGAUUUUAUGCAAUGUAAUAUAAUAGCUCUUUAAAAAUAUUCUAUUUGCACUGAGAAAACAUCUGAGAUGGAGAAUUUAUUUUCAUAGGGAUUUAUUUAUUUUGAGACCAACUUCUUCAGAGAUAACUUUAUCAGAUUCAUCAUGAAAUUUGUAAUUGUUGCCCCCUCGUUCAAGAGUUACGGCUGUGACAAAGAAAGAACACCAUUAAAAAAAAAUUGCUCCACGACACGGGGACAGUGUGGAAUUUUGAAACAAUGUAAACCUACAAAAUCAUGGAUUCAUGAUUAAAUAAUACAUUUGGACAAUUUGAAAUGCUGCAUAAUCUUGUCCAUCCAGAUCGCAACCCAAUCCUGUUUCGGCUACUUGAUUUCUGGCUUGGAAAGUCACUUUAGGCACCAUGUUCAAUAAUGUGAAGGACAUAAAAAAGCUGUAAGUAUUCAGCAGAUGAGGCAACAUCUGUGUAGGGAAAGCAGCGUUAAUAUUUCCUUGCAUCAUAUGUCCAAUAAUUGAAUUGAAUUGAAUAUUUAUUACAUGUCAUUUGAACCUCAGUGAGGCUCAAACUAACCUCCGUUUCCACAGCCAUACAAACAGAGACAACCCUUACAAGACACACAAACAAAUCAAUUUACACAAACAUCCAUCACAGUGAAUCUCCUUCUCACUGUGAUGGAAGGCAAAGCCUUUUCUCUCCCCUGCUCUCCAUUUUACUCCCGAUGUUGAAGUAAAUGUUGGAAU